AUGCCCAAUACAUCCCUCUCCCCCGAACUCUGCAGCCGCAUCGUCCAAUUCGUCGACGUGCGGCAUACGUCGGAUUUAGCGAGACUGUGUACGGUGUCAAAGGUGUUUUUGAAGGAAGCGGAGCCGAGGUUGUAUAGUCAGUUGGUGUUUGGGGAUCCGAGGAGGGCGGUUGGGGCGUUGAGGAGUGUGGUGGGGUCGGAGAGGGGGGUUGGGAAGUGGGUGAGGGUGUUUUGGUUUGUGUAUGAGUGGGGCGUGCAGGGUACGUAUGGGGGGCAGGGAGGAGGGGGACAGGGAGGAGGGAGUGGAGGGCAGGGAGGGCAGGGUGGACCCCCGCCGCUUCCGAGAGGGUUUUGGGAGACUGUGAGGGCUGCGUUGAAGAAGAUGACUGGGUUGGAGAUGUUGGUGUUGUAUGAUCAUACGAGGAUGAAUACGUGGCUUCGGCUCCGGUUCCGUUGGGACGCGAAUAUCGUUUCGUUCGUCCGGCACCAGCACAAUCUGGAACUACUGCAGGUGGCGGAUUUCGUGGAGGCGGAGACGGAGGAGAGGGUUGGUGUGGGGAGGUUGGAGAGGUUGAGUGUGGUGGAGGCGCAUGUGAGCGUUGCGGGACAGUUUUUGGAGGAGAGAGGGAGUCGGUUGAGGAAUGUGCAGGUGUUGGUGGAUAGAGGACAUGUGGGGGUUUUGCUGGGGCGUGGUAGUGGGAGUGGUGGUGGUGCGGGUGGGGGUGGAGGUGGUGGUGGUGCGGUUGCGAGGCUACCGAAGGGGUUGAGGGGGUUGAGUAUAUUGGACUUACCGGAGGAGUAUGCGGUUGAGGUCCUCGAGGCUGUUUCGGUGUCGUGUCCGGAGCUUAGAGCCCUAGGCCAGUUUCCGCUUCCUAUUCUCAAAAGACAUAAAUUCACAGCGAGCCUAAUGAGGCUACACUACCUCCGGUGUAUCGAGGUUGAUUUAUCGAGUUGGCAGCCGAUGCCGGUGGCAGGUGCGCAGCGUGCUUUGGCGGCCGAGUUGAAGACGUUUUGUCCGAGUUUGAGGUGGGUGGUGGUGUGGUUGCAGCAUACGAGGGUUACGUGGACGUAUGGACAGAAUGAGAUGUGGGUGUAUAGGGUGGAGGGGAAUCAGUGGAGGGGUGGGGGCAAGUUGUGGUUGAAGACGUAG